GGGAUAAACAGGGAGUAAUCUAAUGAGAUAAGGAGUAGCUAAGUUACCCAUAUUGAAUAAAUAAGACCGUUACAGUAGUGUUCUACUUCUAAAGACGCUUUCCCUGGCGUCCUGCGAUAAUAAUCAACACAGGAGGGCUCGACAACCCACUAACAGAUGAUACAAGUCCUGAAAAAUCAGUCACGAACGACACGAAAUGGAGAAGGAUGAACGUACCUUGAAUAAUCUCCGAGCUUCUCGAUGCAUGAUGCAUAGCCCUGAAAACACAUUACACAACCGAUUGAACCUAUAGCUGGUUCGCUGAACCUCCAAUGACCCAACUUGAUCCCAAGAAACUGCUCAUAAUCGGUGGAGGACCAUGCGGGCUCAUAACACUCCGUAACUGUCUUCACCGUGGGACAUUCACUAAAGUCCAGCUCGUCGAAAGACAAAACGACAUAGGCGGCGUCUGGUAUCAAAACAAUGUCUCCGAUCAUCGCCCGUGCUGGUCCACCCCCGCAUACCCUGGUCUCACAGGAAACGUCAUACCCGAAUUUCUCUCCUUCUCAGAAUACCCUUUUCCAGCGCCUCCCAGGGAACAUCAGCCAUUCCCUACGUUAGCAGAGACGAAUGCUUAUCUUAAGGACUUUACGCGCCCGUUUUUUGAAAACGGGCAUAUCCGUCUGAGCUUCGAGGUUAUCGGAGUGGAAGAGUUGGAGGUCGGUGGAUGGAUGGUGCGCAUGAAGGAUUGGAAUCAAGGCGGCAUCGUACUGGAAGAGACUUGGGAUGCGGUAGUUAUCACCACCGUAUGGUUCGAUAACCCGUAUUUUCCAGACAUACCGGGCCUUCAAGAACUGCAGCAGCAGCAACCUAGCAAAGUCCAGCACGCCAUGAACUGGACGGGUCCGCAUGCAGACUACGAAGAAAAGCGUGUCCUCGUCAUCGGAAAUGCAAACUCUGCAAACGAAAUAGCCGCUCAGCUCGCGCCCAUAGUUCAAACGCCAAUAUACAGAUCCACUCGCCGAAUCUCUGUAUUCCCCUCCUUACCCGACACGCGCAUCCAAGACAUCGGCCCUAUAUCCCGCUACUCCAGCACCAACGAUAAAAUCACCGCGCACGUCCAAGACGGAACCAUCAUCGAAGACGUCGACAUCGUUAUAUUCGGAACAGGAUACUAUCCGCAUGUACCCUACCUCCGCGUUCUCCACCCAGACUUAAAUCCAGAUCACACUGGUGCUCGUACCCUUGUAUCAUUGACAUCCCGCACAAUAACGCCAACGCGCAUCCCCUCCCUCCACAACCAAAUCCUGUACGCGCACAAUCCCACCCUCGCAUUUAUAGGCGCACCCACCUCAUUCAUCCCCUUCACCCUCUCAGACCUCACCAGCACCUGGCUCGCACUCACAUGGUCCGGGCUCAUACCCAUACCCACCACACCUGAUGAAAGACUCGCAUACGAACGAGAACGCAUCCACACGCUCGAGAAACAACGCUCAGAAACCGAUAAUCCUUCCGAUUUGAUCAACUUUCAUUUUUUGGGACGGUAUGAGAUGGGGUAUGCGAGGGAGAUCAGGGGGGAUGUUGUUAGGGCAAGGCCGGGAUUGGGGGAAGUGCUUGCCAGGUGGGAUGAUGACCAGGACGAGAGGCGGUUCGUGAUGUAUGCUAAGAAGAUGGAGAGUUUGUAUGUUUCUGCGGGCGUCGAGAGACCGAUACCGAAAGAUGCUGAUGCGAUGUAAUUUGUUUGAGAGUGUUGACGUGACGUAGACCGAGCUAUUGCUGCGACAGGUGUCCUCCCGCACAUGCAUUUCAAGGAUGACAUAUUGUGCAUGGAAGGUGAGUAAAACAAUGACGAGAGCGACUGACCAGGGAUGUACUGUGACUGAUAAUACGAUACAUGAAGUGACUGGAGCGAUACUAGUAAUAGAC